AUGGCGUGUGCUACACUCAAAAGAAAUUUAGAAUGGGAUGCCCAGAUGCCCACAAAAAGGCGCAGAUGUGCCCCUCUUGCUGCAAGUUCUAGUACGAGUCCAGGCAUUAAAAUUAAACCCACAAGUUCAGUAUUCGGCGAAGCCGUUAGUGCAUCUGUACAAUUUACUCCAGAACAUAUGGAUCAGGAGAUUUUCGAUGCGAUUGAACGUUUGAAGCGCCGUGGUCAGCUCCGGGUAGCAUCUGGUACUACAGCCUCUAGCUCAAGUGGCAGCGAAGGAGAUGCAUCUCCACCCCAUAACUCAAGUCGCCCCUAUGCUCAAGCUAGAAGACUACACCAGAGCCCUCUAUUUACAUUUAAACAGUUGCGCAUGAUCUGCCAGCGCAUGUUGAGGGAGCAAGAGGCGGCUCUGCGCGCGGAAUACGAGACUGCGCUCAGCAACAAGCUCGCCGAGCAGUAUGAGGCCUUCGUGCGCUUUAACAUUGAUCAGGUGCAACGCCGACCGCCGCCAACUACAUGCAUGCAACUCGGGAUGGACGCUGAACACCACAUGAGUCAAGAUCUCGUACCCAGUUAUCUGUCCUAA